CUCCUAAAAAAUCUACCUCUUUUGACCCAUCUUACCAGUCAGUUUGUUACCCUUCUUCAUCAAUUUCUCUCUCUAAAACGCCCACAAACCACAAUACACACCCCUUCUUCUUCCCCUUCUUCUCCCACUCCUUAUGAUUCUCUCAAUUUCUCUCAUGAUUUCCCCUUGAAAACCCUAAUUUCUGCGAUUUCUUUCUAUUUAUCUCUUCACUCUCACUCCCCAACAGGGGAUAAUCGGAAGAAUCGAUUUUUCUUUUUUCUUUUUUUUUUUUCUUUUUUUUUUUUGUCGGGAGAUUAAGGGUUGGAAUAUAUGUCCUUCAAUCAAUCAAGGUCCGAUAAGAACGAAGGCUACACUCAGUAUCGCAAAUCCGGGCGAUCCAGUAACUUUAAUCCACAGAGAGGCUCUUCAGGCACUCACUCUAAGCCCGGCGGUGCCGGAGGCUCCGCGCCUUCUCCGUCGAUCGCUUCUAAUCGUAGUUUUAAGAAGACUAAUAAUGUUCAAGGAGGGCAAUCUAGAGGAGGCAUUCCUACUGUAAAUUCUGCGGAUUCGAGUAACGCUCCUAACUCGAGAGGAGUGCAAAAUGGUGCAGUUGCUAAGCCUACCGAAGCGCCACAUACCCAGAGAAGCACCAGAGAUGUUCCUAAACCUCCAACUUCUCAAUCUUCCCCCAUGAGUUCUGAUGGGGCUGCGCCCACGACCCCGAUGAGGGGUACUGGAGAUCAAUUCUCUUUUCAGUUUGGCUCCAUAAGUCCUGGAUUCAUGAAUGGUAUGCAGCUUCCAGUUAGGACUAGCUCAGCUCCUCCAAAUUUAGAUGAACAGAAACGUGACCAGGCACGCCAUGAAUCUUUUAGAACAGGUCCUCCAAUGCCGAUACCAUCAGCUCCGAAGCCACCAGUACAAAGGAAGGAUACUGGAGUUGGUGAUCAACCUAAUACUGGACAGCAGUUACCACAGAAGGAUGCUGGUAGCAUCAACCAACCUAAUACUGGGGAUGCUCAUAUAGUACAAAAGGCUAAAAGGGAUGUGCAAGCAUCACCAAAUCAUUCCACCAACCAAACUCAAAAGCCCACCACUCCGAUGUCUGGAAUCGCUAUGACAAUGCCUUACCACCCACCACAAGUACCUGUGCCAUUUGGAGCUCCCAAACAACCGAUGCAAUCACAGGGCAUUACCCCCAGUUCACUGCACAUGUCCAUUCCUGUGCCAUUGCAGAUUGGAAGCUCUCCUCAAGUUCAACAGCCAAUGUUUGUUCCUGGUCUUCAUCCCCAUCCAAUGCAGCCACAGGGGAUAAUUCAUCAGGGACCGGGCUUAGGUUUUGCAGCUCAAAUAGGUUCUCAGAUGCCUCCUCAGUUAAGCAACUUAGGAAUCAAUGUAAGUUCGCAAUACCCUCAACAGCAAGGAGGGAAAUUUGGCGGCCCUCGUAAGUCCGCUGUUAGAAUUACUGAUCCAAAGACCCAUGAAGAGUUAGUAUUUGAUAACAAGCAAACAAAUGCAUAUACUGAUACUAGUUCUUCAGGACCUAGGCCUCAAUAUAAUCUUCCUUCUCAAACACAGCCUCUUCCAUAUGCACCAAGUCAUGCAAUGAACUAUUAUCCCAAUUCUUACAAUCCCAAUCCUUUAUAUUUUGGAAACCCCAGUUCCCUUCCUUUACCUAGUGGUCAAGCUGCACCAAAUCCUCAGCCACACAGGUUUAAUUAUCCAGUCAGCCAGGGCUCUCAAAAUCCACCAUACAUAGAUCUGCAUGUUAAGAAGCCUGUUGGAGGCCCAAUGCACGCUAUUUCAGAUCCACCUAAUAGAGAGCAUACUCGAGAUACUCACAGCUUGCAACCUCCUGCUCCCUCAGGGACAGUUCAUGUUACAAUCAAAAUGCCUGCCGAUCCUAUAGGUGGCAAGGGUUCUGACUCAUUGCCAAGUAGAUUACCUACAACUGAAGAAGUCAAAUCACAAAAAUCCUCAAACGCAUCUGUUGAUAUAACCCAGCCUUCUUCUCAAAGGGCAAUAGAUACAGCCUUGGACAGUUCUCUACAUGAUUCAAAAGUUGUCAAAGAACCAUUGUCGAUGAAGUCUUCACCUGUAGUAUCUAAACUGUCUACAGAAGCACCUUCUGUGGUUUUGCUCGACAGCCAAGAUUCCAGCACUGUGCAACCUUCAUUAACUGCUUCCUCCGAGGAGCCUGAGUUAGCUGGAAUGCAUAAUGAAGGCAGGAGGGAAAAUUUAUCAAGGUCCGACUCACACAAGGAUCAUCAGAAGAAAACAAGCAAGAAAGGAUACUCCCAAGCACAGCAUGAGAUUAGUGGACAAUCUUCCUCAGCAUUGGGACUGCCUGGCCAAUUGCAGGACACAACUUCUCACUCUAUAGUUUCUGAAUCAGUAGAAGCUAAAUCUUCAACCAUUCCAUUAGCUGUGGAAGACAAGUCAGAAUCAGUCAAUGCGGUUGAUGCCAUUUUGGCUUCUGUAGCUCAUUCUUCUCCUGAAAAUUAUGGUCUGGGGAAUGUCAAGACCUCGGAUCUCACUUCUGAUGAUAAGCAGGAUAAUUCAAAAGAAAAGCAUCCAGAACCUGUGCUACUGAAAACAGAAGAACAAGGACAAGCAACUUCUUCUGAACUUCCUGUAGAUCUUAAGAACUCCGAAAAUCUUUCAGAUCAUGAUGCUGCAAAACCUAUGGAGGUUUCUGAGAAAACAGGAAGGGAAUUGUUUGUGAGCUCAACUACUGUGAGACACGAGGUUUCAACCUCUGAAGCUGCCCAAAGAGCUGCAGAUGAACCUAUGAGUUGUCAUCCAGGAGUUGAUGUGUCUGCUUCCAUGAGUUCUAGCUCAACUGUUCAUGAAAAUUCUCAAGGUGACAAGUUAGUUGUUGAUUCUUCAGGUAGAGAUGACAAUAUGAGUAGUAAUGAUAUUAUUCUAAAAAAAGGUAUCAGAUCAGAUCAGCCACCUGAAUCUGACCUAAACACGGAACUUACAGAAGGAACAAAUGAUGGGUUGGUGUUGGAUGCUGUUGGUACUGGUGGUAAUAGUUCACAUGCCGUUUCAGGCACGAAGGAUAAAUCUGUUGUAGAUAUGAGCAGGAGUAAGAGUACCACCGGAAAAGGAAAGAAGAAGCUAAGGGCAAUUCUCCAAAUGGCGGAUGCUGCAGGAACUACUUCUGACCUUUACAUGGCAUAUAAGCGACCUGAAGAGAAGAAAGAAACAGUACCACAUUCUGAGAGCUUUGAGAGGACAGAAAGUAGGUCUUCUAGUGUGGACACCGAGCAGGAAUCGAUUGAGGCUGUUAAAGAAGAUGCUAAUGCACAGGGUAAAGCUGAGCCUGAAGACUGGGAAGAUGCUGCUGACAUUGCUACACCUAAACUGGAAUCAGCACAUGGAGAUGGUGCUGGUACACCGGUGGUUGAUGGUGGAGACAGACAGGGAGAUAUGGCCAAGAAGUAUUCUAGGGAUUUCCUCCUCAAGUUUGCUGAGCAGUUUGUGGACCUUCCACAUAACUUUGAAGUUGCGCCUGAUAUAGAGUCCUUGAUGAGUUCUCGUGCCAAUGCAUUUCACCAUCCUGAUCGUGAUUCAUAUCCGAGCCCAGGACGAGUAGAUAGACCACCAAGUGGAGGAUCACGAUUGGAUCGUCGCGGUAGCAAUUUGGUUGAUGAUGACAGAUGGAACAAAUUGCCUGGCCCCUUUGUUUCAGGACAGGAUCCUCGUAUGGAUCUAGCUUAUGGAGCCACUGCGGGGUUUCGACCUGGUCAAGGAGCCAAUUUUGGUGUUUUAAGAAACCCCCGAGGGCAAGGUUCUGUUCAGUAUGCUGGAGGAAUACUUGGUGGGCCUAUGGGACCACAGGGAGGGUUGCAUAGAAAUAAUUCUGAUGCUGAUCGGUGGCAACGAGCUAACAAUUUUCAGAAGGGUUUAAUUCCUUCACCGUCAACACCGUUGCAGACUAUGCAUAAAGCUAAGAAGAAGUAUGAGAUUGGUAAGGUAUCAGAUGAAGAAGAAGCCAAGCAAAGGCAAUUGAAGGCUAUACUUAACAAGCUAACUCCCCAGAACUUCGAAAAGCUCUUUGAGCAAGUUAAAGAAGUAAACAUUGAUAAUGGUAGAACGCUAACCGGAGUAAUAUCACAGAUUUUUGACAAAGCUCUAAUGGAGCCUACAUUCUGUGAAAUGUAUGCCAACUUCUGUUUUCAUCUUGCUGGAGAACUGCCUGAUUUAAGUGAAGACAACAAGAAAAUUACUUUUAAGAGAUUGUUACUCAACAAGUGUCAGGAGGAAUUCGAGAAAGGUGAAAGAGAACAGGAAGAAGCCAACAAAGUUGAAGGUGAAGGUGAGGUGAAGCAGUCUGAAGAGGAAAGGGAAGAAAAGCGAAUUAAGGCACGUAGAAGAAUGCUAGGCAACAUUAGAUUAAUAGGGGAAUUGUACAAGAAGAAAAUGUUGACUGAGAGGAUUAUGCAUGAAUGCAUCAAGAAGUUACUCGGUGAAUAUCAGAAUCCAGACGAGGAAGACGUUGAAUCUUUGUGCAAAUUGAUGAGCACAAUUGGAGAGAUGAUAGAUCAUCCCAGAGCAAAAGACAGUAUGGAUUCUUAUUUUGAGAUCAUGACAAUGUUAUCGAACAACAUGAAAUUAUCAUCCAGGGUUCGAUUCAUGCUAAGAGAUUCAAUUGAUCUGAGGAAGAACAAAUGGCAGUCUAGGAGGAAAGUUGAAGGCCCAAAAAAGAUCGAGGAAGUACACAGAGAUGCUGCUCAGGAGCGGCAGGCUCAAACCGGUAGGUUCGGUCGUGGUCCAGGCAUUAAUCCUUCAGCAAGGAGAGGGGGCCCAUCUAUGGAUUAUGGUCCUAGGGGAUCGGCUGUGUCAUCCCCAAGUAGUCAGAUGGGGGGUUUUCGUGGAUAUCCGCAUCAAGCUCGUGGAUAUGGAAAUCAGGAUUCUCGUCAAGAUGAAAGACAGGCUUAUGAAGCUAGGACAUUGUCUGUUACAUUGCCUCAUAAAGCGGGUGGCGAUGAGUCUAUUACUUUGGGUCCACAGGGUGGUCUGGCUCGAGGAAUGUCCAUUAGAGGACCGCAACCAAGUUCAGCCUCUCCUGCUGAGAAGUCAUCUCUUCCUGGAGAACUGAGAAACGCGCCAACUUCUUCGAACGGGUAUAGUUCUGCAUCAGAGCGUGCAGCUUCCAAGGAGGAUCUAAUUUUGAGACAUAUGCCGGAGAGAUUUGCUGGUCCUACGUCAUUUGACCACGGAGGUGGUCAAGAUCGUUAUUCAAAUUUUGGAAAUAAGGAUUUGAGACAUUCAGGUCGGAAUUUCGAUAGAUCUCGUCCGAUUUCACCUGUCACACCGCCACCAACUUUGACUUCAAAUCAUCCUUCUGAAAAAGUAUUGUCUGAAGAUAUGCUGCGGAAAUUGUCACUGACGGCCAUCAAGGAGUUCUACAGUGCCCGAGACGAGAAGGAAGUAGCUCUGUGCAUCAAAGACUUGAAUUCCCCAGCCUUCCACCCGACCAUGAUUAGUCUCUGGGUCACAGACGCUUUCGAGAGAACGGAUUUAGAAAGGGAUCUUUUGGCGAAACUUGUUGUUAACCUCUCCAAGUCGAACGAUGGCACAUUGAACCAGAUUCAUCUGGUCAAAGGGUUUGAAGCAGUUCUUGCGACUUUGGAGGAUGCUGUAAACGACGCUCCCAGAGCUCCGGAGUAUUUGGGUCGUAUUCUCGGGAAAGUGAUCACAGAAAGCAUGGUUUCCUUGAAAGAAGUUGGAGAUCUAAUCUAUGAAGGAGGAGAGGAACCAGGAGCCCUUCUUCAAGCAGGACUUGCAGCUGACGUUCUUGGGAACAUCUUGAAGGCAAUCAGAACAGAGAAAGGAGAAGGGUUCCUAAACGAUAUGCGCUCGAACUCGAAGUUGCGGUUGGAGACGUUUCGGCCACCGGAUCCUAAGAAAUCAAGAGUGUUAGAGGAAUUUAUUUAGGAGUAGAGUGAAUCAAAAUUGCUGCUGCUGUAAUUUUGUUAGUUGCAAUGCUUUUUUUUUUAGGCUACUUAAUUAAUUUGCAGAUAAGGAAUUUAUAUAUAUAUAUAUAUAUUUUUUUUUUCAA